UGUACGGUGGCUAGGAACAAGUGCGCUUUAGACCAGCCAUGGGUUGUCAAAGGAAGUCUUUAUUCCCAAGAAGUAGUCUUCAAAUCUAGUUUAUAAAAUAAUUAUUGUUAUAUCAUGAUGAGUGAGGACGGGGUUUUACAGAAACUAGGCAAUAUGAAGGCUUUAUUGGGCAUCGUAGCAGGAGCAGGAGCUUCGUAUGGACUGUACAAAAUCUUACUGCGUUCCUGCAGAGAAGAUCCGGAGAGAAGGAGCCUGAAGGCGGGAGACAGUGGGGUGAUACAGCCAGGGAGCCUCGUGGCCAAAGUGUCCGGGUUUAACGUCGUUAGUGGGAAUAUGAGAACAGAAGUUACAUCAAGUGAGAUUCUCUCCAAAUCCCCCAGCAGUCUGGAGCCUCGUCACCUCAGCAUGCUUCUCUCUCUCCUACAGAGCAGCCCGAGUCCGACUGAGAGAACACAAGUCCUUAUAACUUUAGGAAACGCUGCAGCUUUUACAGUAAAUCAGGAUUUCCUGCGUGAACUGGGAGGUCUUCACAUCAUCGCCAGCUUCCUGUCUGACCCUGAACCUGAUGUCAGAGCGCAGGCUCUGAACGCCUUGAAUAACCUGAGCAUGAACAUCCCCAAUCAGGAGCAGCUCAAGAUCUACGUCCCGUCAGUGUUGGAGCUGAUCGAGAUGUCUCCCGUCAACUCGGAUCUUCAGCUGGCGGCACUGAGGUUACUGACUAAUUUGACAGUCACGGAUAACCAUCAGCAUUUACUAAAGAGCUCCAUCACACUCCUCCUGUCACUGCUCGUAGUGAGCAACGGCGCUCUUCAGAUUCAGGUGUUGAAGGUUCUAGUGAAUUUAUCGUCUAAUCCAGACAUAAUGGACGACAUAGUACAAGCCCAGGCUCCUGCCUCCCUGGUGUUCCUCUUUGAUUCCUGCACGAGCACAGAAGUUCUUCUUCGCCUUCUGGUCUUCGUAGGGAACCUGCGGGCCUGGAGACCGUCUGCACAGGUGGCAGAAGUGCUGAGGAGCCGCCCGGACUCCCUCUACUGCGUGCUGCUAGACAGCUCGUCUCAGAUACACGGCAAACUCCCUGCACUCCUGUCCCACCCGGACGGGGAGGUCCGAGCUCAGGUGCUGCGGCUCCUCGCCUAAUCUCUUCUCUCGACUACAGCUUGAACUCAAUCAAACAUGCUGUGUUUAAGGUCCAGUCUCGCCGGGCCAGUGCACUUAGACAUAUAUGAACAUGUGUUCAUUUGGAUUGCUUUUAUGAUUUAGUCUUUGAUGAAUGCAACUAUUUAAUGAAGUAGUGAAGAACUAACUAUGGGUCUAGAAGAAAUUAAAAGCAGCGUUUUUUUUUUUUAGCUCUAAGCUUUAUCUACUUCAACAGGGUUUCUUAAGGUUUGCUCGGAUUGUGAUAGUUCUAGCUUUUUAAAGGUCUUCUAAAUUUCCCUGAACCCUUUGUUAUGGAGUUCUGCAGAAGGUUAUGGGUUCAAUCACAGCGACAAACCAAAGAACCCCUGGCACCUGUUUCUGUCAUUAUUGCAUAAAAUAUCUUUGACACAUUUUCGUAUUGUGAAAGUGAACACAAGGCCUAUUUACUCAAACUAAUUUAUGACUAAAGCCUAAAAGAAGUUGUUACAUUUUGUCAAUAAAUAUUUAUGGGUAUAUAAUGGUAAAUGGAAAUUACAACCAUUAUGUCAAUAAGAAUCAUUCUUUGGAUUCUAAGAGAUGUAAAAAAAAAAAAAAUCUGUUAUAAAGUUAUUCCUUUUAAAAUGGUAGUUCUGUAGGAAUGAAUUGUUAGAGUUUAAGACUUUUUUUCCCCUUUGGACUUUUCCCUUUCUUUGGGUCGCAACUUUGGGUCACAUUGAUCAUUCCUCCAAGUUAGUUUACACUGGAUACCCAUCCUGCUGCAACCCACCCAUUUCUUGGGACUUGCCCUGGGCUGGAUAUUUUAUAUGGGCAUAUGGUUUAAGGGGAUUACCCAAGGGUGCCAACCUAGCAGUGGCAACACUUUAAAUCUCCAACCAUCUGAUCAACAACUCAGAGCCUCAACUAAACCACUUGAACCACCACUGCCUGUAAGGGUUCAAACUUUUAUUGCCAAUAACAGUUGAAUGAGAAAAUAACAAGUUCAGAACUUUACAAAAAAAUACAUAAACAUCGAUACCACCCCAGCUUUUAAUUAGUUGUAAAAAAAAAAAAAAAAGUUACAUCUGGAAGUGAAGCCAAUCCUUUUUCUUUAUCUUGACUCCUUUGUGCCUACGUGCCUCUUGGAGGCAGCAAGGGAAAUGGACAAAAAAAGCACAGAAUGCAGAUUUUAUAAACAUACCAGUGAUAAAGUAAAGGGAAAACUACUGCCUAUGAUAUACUGUUCAGGGCAUAUAUUUGUCCCCCUUAGUGUGGCGUGUCAAUGUCAAUUAAUCCAUUAUUCCUAUGAUGAAGCAUUUCAGUCCUGAUUGAGAGCGGUCUCUUCCAGGAUAGAAAUCUGUCUAGAAUGGAAAUUAUUUAAAUCAUACGCUAUACUCUUUAGAUUCACAAGAUCUUAACACCGUAAGUCAAACACCUCUGGGACCAACCUGAACACCAACUGAUGCAUUCUGGUUUAAAAGAAAUACACUUCUAAAUAUUUGGAGUCCAUGCUGAUGUGCAUUUAAGCAGUCUUGUUGGCUUAUGUUUUAUUCCUUUUAUUUGUCACUCACCCGUACGUAUAAUGUUACAUCCUUGGAUUAGUUUGAAUAAGCUCAGUGAGUGUCUCCUGAGACGUGCCCCUCCAUAUCAAGUUACUAGUGCCAAAAACCUUUUAAAACCAGUGAACUCUUGCUGGUCUCCUAUACACAAAGUGCUUCCUGUAAACUUUCCUUUUCUAACCUGGUCAUGUACGGCAAAAGUAAGAUGUGCUUAAAAAAAUCUUUGUGAUGGACAAAGAUGUACUUUGGCAGUUUGAGUUCUCGAGUGCUGUGUGUAUUUUCUGCAUGUGUGUUAAGUACAGCGCAAAUGUUUGCUCGCUUGUGUAUUCUCGAACGCUGCAUUAGGCCAGGUGUGUAAUUAAAGAGCCUGCUUCGGUCAUUUAUUUGACUGUAACUGGAAAAACUUGUAAUGUGACCAUGCUUAUGGAUUAUACCAUAGUUGUGUGAAUACAGCGGAUCGGUUGUCCUGUGAUCUGCUGCAGGUGUAGAGAAAAUGACUCUUUCAAAGUAGCAUAACAUGAGUGCCACUGCUAUUAAUGAUUGGUAAAUUCUGACUCGUUUUAAUGUUUGUAUGAAAAACCUUGAAAUAAAUUAUUUUAUUUUGGA